UCCGCAUCGGUUAUCUACAGUAAACAAAUGAUAAUGUGUCUGUGUCUGCUAUAAAAACCAUGCUCCCAUGUUCCUCCUCAAGAGAUUUCCUGAGUUUCCCUUUGGUUCACACCUUCAACAUGCUGACGCUAAAGCUAAGCGGGAUCCUUUUGCUGCUGAUCCUGUGCCAACAUGGUUUACCCUCUGCAGGACUAGAAGCAUUUGUGAUCUGUGAAGGAGAAAGUUGGACCCUCAGAUGUAGUCAGGGAUCAAUAAGGGUUGUUGAUGCCACCUACGGACGGAGCAAUAGCAAAACAUGUUCUGAGGGGCUUCCACCUUCCUCGACCUCAAAUACGAACUGCAGAGCACCAGUCACCCAUAUAGUUUCAUUUCGGUGCGAUGGACAAACGAGUUGUGUUGUUCCUGCAUCAAACUCACUUUUCCCUGAUCCUUGUCCUGGAACUCAUAAAUACCUGGUUGCGACUUAUGAAUGUGAGACACGAAGUGCAUCGCAAAACCAUCUUGUCAACUAAGUGCUUCAAACCCUGAUCCAUGUCAGCUGUCAAUAUCUGGAAGUGACUUACAGCUGUAAAUAAUAUUAUUUGUGCAGCCAUAUUUUAUGUUUUGUGUGUUAUAUAUGAAAAUGAUCGCUAUCAUAGAUGUUAGAUGCUGCUUUAUAAUAUUGUUUUUGGUCUAUCCAGUCACUCCUCAGCGAAACAAUACAUUGAAAUAUGGGGUUCACAAUGAAAUAAAAAUUUCAUAACAAACCUAAUUUUACAACUUCCAUGUUUAUUUUGGAAAGCUUUAAUAAUUAUGUAUCAACAAAUGUG